AGAAAGACUCAUCCACACAUAUUUCUGCAUAAAUCAUGUAACUUUGAAAUUUGUCAAUAAUCAAAUCUUUUUUUUUCUUUCAUAAGCACAAGGUAAGAAAACUCUUUUCUUGAAAAUGUUUAUGUUCUAAAUUCACACUCCUUCAUAACUUUUUAGUUUUCUCACACUGGCCUCUGUUUUCCUUUUCCUCAUCCCAGAUGAGUCAAAGCCCAAACCCAAGUAAGUACUUUUAGUUUGGCUUUUCUUUGAUUGAACAGUGAAAAACCAAACUCAUGACCCAUCAUAAAAUAAUAAACUCUUUUCUUCUGCAGGUUUAUGACAAAUAUAACCGCCCCAAAGAUCCCUGAUGGUGAGAAAGUGGACUUUGAUGUGAGUGGACCUUCAUUCGAGAAGAGACAAAGACGUGUCGUGGUUACUUUUCAAUAAUGGUGGAGUCUGAUUUGUUUUUGAUGACAGGACAUCCACAGAAAGCGUCAAGAGAAGGAUCUGUCUGAGCUGCAGUCUCUAAUUGAGGCUCACUUCAUCCAGAGGAAAAAGGAGGAGGAGGAGCUCAUCGCCCUCGUCAACAGAAUUGUAAGUAUCCCUCAAAGAUGACUGGUGGGGUCUCUGUUCGAUUGACUGAGCGUUUUCCUUCUUUUACAGGAGAAACGCCGAGCUGAGAGAGCCGAGCAGCAAAGGGUCCGGGCAGAAAGAGAGAAGGAGAGGCAGGCCAGGCUUGCGGUGCGCCUCAGCGUAGAUUCUCAAACAAAACAUGACAUAAGAGAAAACACAAGGGCCUGUCUCUCAUCUGAAUGACUGAUGUGUUGCAGGAGGAAAAGGAGCGCAAGGAGAUGGAGGAGCAGCGUAAGAAGCAGGAUGAGGACGCCAAGAAAAAGAAGGCUCUCACCAACAUGACCCAGCAGUACACUGCCGGACACAAGGUUAAUUGACUUCUCACAGUGUUUAGAAACAAAUACGAUGAUGCUGCAGGAGCACGAAAAGUAGACUUGAUGGUUAAUUAAUGUAGAAGAAUAAAAAAGUCCACAGACAACACUCCAUGAUGUGGCAAAGUAGCAGAAAAAAGAAGUACCCAAGUUAAGUGUUGUUCAACUGAACUUUUGUAUGCAUGUAGUUAAAUUACUUCCACUUUUGGAGUACACACUACAAAGCAACAUGUUUUUCCACACAUGCCCAUGAAAGCAGUAAGUGAAUACUCUCAAAAUGCAUAAGGGCCUGUUUUUACACUGUCAGCAUUUUUUGUGUCGAGAACCCCUAUUCUGCUUGUUUUAGAGCUCCUCUCAGUGGCACUUGUUGCUAGAAAUGAAAGUAACCCAAUGUAACUUCUGCUUCCGUUAGUAAUGACUGAUGAGGAAUAACCCAAUUUAUACACUGAUUGAUUUUUUUGAACAUGUAAAUGGACUGAAUGGGAUUCACCCAUUAGGCAUAACAAAUGUUUGUACCUGAUGGUUUUACACAUAUUGUAAUAAAGUAUGUAUCUUGCUUGUUUGACCAACGCAGAGUGAGAGCAGAAGAGGAGGCAAAAAACAAACUGAGAGGGAGAAGAAGAAGAAGAUCCUGGCUGACCGUAGGAAGCCUCUCAGUGUUGAUCAUCUAAAUGAGGAAAAACUGAAGUAUGACCGAGCUGCACGCUGUUUUAUGUCUUUUUAAACACUGUUUCAAAGAUUGUUCCUGCAGGAGAUUCUGCGUUUAUACAAAACUGUUAUCAUUGAAUAUUGGUGGAUGUGCUCUCACUUGGAUCACUGAUUUGUCUAUCAGGGAGAAGGCCAAUGAGCUGUGGCAGUGGCUGAUGGGGCUGGAGGCCGAGAAGUUUGAUCUGAGUGAGAAACUCAAAAGACAGAAGUAUGAUGUAAGUCACUCUCCAACAACGAUGCCUCUUUUUUUAUUACAUCUCCUUCAUUGAAGUGUAAGCAUACCAGUCCUACUGAUUACUAAACUAUGUGUAUUUCUUCUCACAGAUUAACCAGCUUCUUGCCCGAGUCCAGGACCACCAAAGGUGAGUGUGCAAGUGUACAGCCCAUGCACAUUUAACUCCCUUCAAAUUUAGCAAAUACAUACAGUAGUUGUAGCCUCAAUCAACAUAAACAACCACAACACACACCAGUCACUUCAAAAAGCAUCUGAGGUGUCUCAUAAUGUCUUAGCUCUGAUCAUAUCAACUAUGCUGUUACAGCUGAGUAAUUUCAAGUACAGUAGAUUCCUCAACCUUUAAUGUCAAUACAGUACAAGCCUUCUGCAAGCUAGCAGCCUGCUAGCUGUGGCUAACAUAAGCCUUAGCUUGAAGCAGUCAACUCAGUAUUUAUGGACUUUGAUCAGACAUAAUUAACUUACACUAAUAUUUUAUCUAUAAAUUUCUCUAUAUAUUUAUCUAAUAUUUUAUAACAGUUCUCUCUACCCUCCUGUUCAUCCUUGUGUUGUAACAAAACAUCCUCAUCUCUUUAGCGUCACAACAAUUAGCAUCCUGAUUUCUGGAAUUAGCAGUGUGUAAUCCUUACAUCAUCCACUUACAAGUUAUGAAGCCUAAAUCAAUAAAAAAAAGUUUAUUUUUUGCUUUUUAGUAUUUUACAGGAUCAAAUUAAUACUUGUAGUGACUUUUAGAGUGUUACCUAUAAAAGUAAAACAUGUUUCUGUUGUUCCAAACUUACUUGCAGAAGCAGUUAUGGUCAUUUUAGCAUUACUCGGACCAUCAGUUUGUAUAUCAUCAAUGUAAUUUCCCCUUUGAAUGGGGGACCUUUACUCUUUACAAUACUCAUUGCAUUGUGGGCAUUUUUGUAUUUGUCAUUUAAAUUUCAUUCUUUCUUGUCUUUUUCCUCGCUGCACUUAUAAAAUUUCUCCUCAUGGAUAAACAACUUAUCUUUAAUCCAUCAAAAUAACCAUUUUAACUUUGCAAGUCAAGUAAAAUAUCACCUCACCUUCAACUGAAUUUUGUCAUCAUUUUGACAUCAACUUGUGCAAAAUUUUUCAGUGCCAAAGGUCGUGGCAAGGGCAAGAUGGGUGGCCGCCUGAGGUAAAGGAACAGCCAGACAAGGAAGAGGCAAAGCAUGACACCAGUGAUUGGCGCACAAGUCUAUUACAUGUGUAUUCGUUGUUCUGUUGUGUUGGGGUACAUGUCAAACACCAUGAUUGCAAAAUAAUAAAGACAUCAUUACAAUCACUCUGCUGUUGUCUGGAAACUGAUUGUCUGUCUGUUUUCUAGAUAUGCUAUAUGAAUAAACUUAAACUUGAACAGCAGCUAACUCACUGUAUCAAAAGUUUUAAACUUGGUGAGAAUUUUUGUUCAAUAAGGAGUUAAAAAAAAUAUGGAUAUGAUGCAAAAAGUGGUCUCCACAAAGAAUACUGAAGAAUGUGUAAAAAUGGUGUUGCGUUGUCAAAAUACAAAUCCAUAUUCUGUCCAUUUCCCAGGAGAAAUCAG